UUGGAUAACUGGAUAACAACCACAGACAGGAUUGAAGCGCCCAUUUCCAUAGGUUUUCUUCAGUAAUUUUCGGGAUUUUCUUUGGUUUUCUAUAUCUUUUCUUUUCUUCUCUUUGGUCUUUUUCUCUGAAUGCUAUCGCGGACCUCUAUUAAUCACGCUUGUUCCACGCUCCUUAUAUAUGAAAGCGAGUGUGUCAAGUUGUGACCACAGUUUGCAACAACAAAUAUUGUCAUGAUCCUGUCCCGAGUUAAGCCAGCUGUGGGCGGAGAUGCCCCAGCCAGCGAGAAGAAAAAGAAAAACAAGGGAAAGAAGACUUCACGAGUGGAGGACUACCUCAUCCUGAGAGACUACCUGGGAGCCAUCACACUGCUGGAGUUCCAGCGCAGUGCAGGAGAAAGAGAGGAGGAUGCAGAUCUGUGGCUGGGCUACUGUGCUUUUCACCUGGGAGACUACAGGAGAGCCAUGGAGGAGUACAAAGCUUCAACCGAGAGGUCAGGCUGUCCAGCCGAUGUCUGGGUAUAUCUGGCCUGCACUCUCUUUUUCUUGGGGCUCUACAAGGAGGCUGAGGAGGCUGCAAAUAAAGCUCCAAAGACCCAGCUCCAGAACAGACUGCUCUUCCACUUGGCUCACAAGUUCAAUGAUGAGAAGAAGCUGAUGGGUUUCCACCAGAACCUGGAGGAUGUGACUGAGGACCAGCUGAGCCUGGCCUCCAUCCACUACAUGCGCUCUCACUACCAGGAGGCCAUCGAUAUCUACAAACGCAUCCUGCUGCAGAACCGAGACUUCCUGGCCCUCAACGUGUACGUAGCUCUGUGUUACUACAAGUUGGAUUAUUACGACGUGUCCCAGGAGGUUUUGGCGGUGUACCUACAGAGCAUCCCUGAUUCCACCAUCGCGCUCAACCUCAAAGCCUGCAACCACUUCAGGCUGUACAACGGCAAGGCAGCUGAGGCAGAGUUGAAGAACCUGAUAGACAUCUCCUCCAGCUCCUUUGAGUUUGCCAAAGAACUCAUCAGGCACAACUUGGUGGUGUUUCGGGGCGGAGAAGGGGCCCUUCAGGUGCUGCCCCCCCUGAUCGAUGUGAUCUCAGAGGCUCGUCUCAAUCUGGUCAUCUACUACCUCAGGCAAGAUGACGUGCAGGAGGCUUUCAAUCUCAUAAAAGACCUGGAACCCACCACACCACAGGAGUACAUUUUGAAAGGGGUGGUAAACGCAGCUUUGGGACAAGAAGUUGGAUCGAGGGAUCACCUGAAGAUUGCGCAGCAGUUCUUCCAGCUGGUUGGAGGCUCAGCCAGUGAAUGUGAUACCAUCCCUGGCAGGCAGUGCAUGGCUUCCUGUUUCUUCCUGCUAAGGCAGUUUGAGGAUGUGCUCAUCUACCUCAACUCUGUAAAGAGUUACUUCUACAAUGAUGACACAUUCAAUUUCAACUAUGCCCAGGCCAAGGCUGCUGUUGGGAACUACAGAGAGGCAGAGGAGGUGUUUCUGCUGAUUCAGAAUGAGAAGAUCAAGAAUGACUAUGUGUACCUGAGCUGGCUGGCACGCUGCUAUAUCAUGAACAAAAAGGCUCGAUUAGCCUGGGAGCUGUAUUUGAAAAUGGAGACAUCAGCCGAGUCCUUCAGCCUCUUGCAACUCAUUGCCAACGACUGCUACAAGAUGGGGCAGUUCUAUUACUCUGCCAAGGCUUUUGAUAUUCUGGAGCGGCUCGACCAAAACCCGGAGUACUGGGAGGGCAAGAGGGGAGCCUGUGUGGGCAUCUUCCAGCUCAUACUGGCUGGCAGAGAGCCCAGAGAGACACUGAGAGAGGUACUACCGCUACUAAGGAACACUGGAAACCCACAGGUGGAGUACAUCAUCAGAGCUUUGAAGAAAUGGGCCAAGGAUAACCGGGUUUCACUGUAAUAAUGGCAUUCAACAGUGUAUGACAAGCGCUCAGAUAAUCAGAUGACACCCUCUCUCAACUACUGCACAAGAUGAAGAAUGGGCAUACAUCAUACGCCCCCAUCAAAAAAAUAUAAAAAAUCUUUAAUCACUACAAAUGUAUGAAUGGGAUGCCCAAGUACAGCCUGCGAGGGUGUGUUGAAAUCUCUCUAAUUUAGUUACAUGUUAAAGUUCACUCAAACUAAACUUUAUGGUAAAUGUAUUUGUAUCAAAACACAUUGGAAACAUCAAAUGUCUUAAAUAGGCAUAAAUAGUUGCAUGUAGAUAACAUUUCAUGGAAUAAAUAUCCACAUGCACACGAACAACACACCAUGUAACAUGUACUAUAGUUUUAUUUGCAAUAUUGUGUUUUUAACAUUUCUAUAUUUGAUACAGUUGUGCAUUUAUACAAGUAUGUAUGCAUCAUGCAAUUGUGUAAGUUACUGUUCUACUGUACAGUGUCCAAUUAAAGAGCUAUUUUUUAUUCACACAA